GGAUAUAUUGCUGAAUCUCUAGUUAAUUUCAUUGGUGAGUCAGGUGGAAUAAUGACACUUGAAGAUUUUCAAAUAUUUCAACCAAUUACUAGGGAACCAGUGAUUGGUUAUUAUAAUGCCUUGAUAGCUAUGUUAAAUAUAUUGGAAAGAUAUCAAUUGAUCAAAGAUGGUAUGAAUGAUAUUAAUUUACAUAGAAUUAUAGAGGCUAUGAAAUUUGGAUUUGCUUUAAGAACAGAAAUGGGUGAUCCGUUAUUU